GUAAACAGUCAGCUAAGCUAGCAGCAUAGUUAAUUUUCCUCCUGUGUGGAUUGAUCAGGAAAAUGGUUGUUUUUAAGUAUAUCGGCUGAAUAUUUCAGUGUUCAGCAACAAUGUCUUUGGUUCAGCAUCUGAGGAAGUUUAUUAGCGAGCGACUAAAUGCUGCAGCUGAAGAAAUAUUCACAGAGUUGGAAAAAACUAUCGUCCAAUACGAGGAAGAGAUCGAUCGUCAACGCAGACUGCUGGACAUCAUCUGGAAACCACAAAGAAACUCCCACACAAAAGAGGUUUCACAUCAAAAUGUCUGCAAGGAGGAUGAACCUGUUCAAGAUGACCAGCAGCUCUGCGACCAGAAACUGUACUCAAAUGCGGAUCAGGAGCAACCCGAGUCUGCACGUGUUAAAGAGGAACAGGAGGAACUCCUUAUCAACCAGGGAGGAGAGCUUUUUCUGAAGGAUGAAACUGAUGACUUUUCAAUUACUGCUGCUCAUGGGGAAAAUGACCACAAUGAUUUAAAACCAUCAAAUUGGGACUAUAUGCAAUCUUCCACCUCUCCUGUAGAAGAACAUUCGCAUUUAGUGGGAAGCACAGUUGAAGACUUAGGACCAACCAGACAUGCAGAUAGGAAACCAGAAAAUAUUUGUCAAACAGAUACAAAUCAUGUAGAAGAGUCCUCUCUGUCAGAGAGUCAUUGUAAUGCUGACCACCCUGCUGAGAAACAGUGUUUGUGUGACACUUGUGGAAAGAGGUUUCUUUAUCCAUCAUCUCUUAGAAGACACAAAACAGUCCAUGAGAAACAAUAUUCCUGCAAAACUUGUGGUAAAACAUUUAGACAUAAAACAAAGUUUACUGUUCAUGUAAGAACUCACACAGGUGAGAAGCCAUAUUCUUGUCAAACAUGUGGAAAAUGUUUUAGUUAUAACUCAGAUUUUUUGUGCCACAGACGAAUUCACACUGGUGAGAAGCCAUUUUCUUGUAAGACAUGUGGAAAAUGUUUCAGUCAAAGCUCUAUUUUGUUGCGUCACAUGACAACUCACACAAGUGAGAAGCCAUAUUCUUGUGAGACAUGUGGGAAAUGUUUCAAUAGGAAGUAUAAUUUGUUAUGCCACAUGAGAACUCACACAGGUGAGAAGCCGUAUUCUUGUGAGACAUGUGGAAAGUGUUUCAAUGGGAAUUAUAAUAUGUUAUGCCACACGAGAAUUCACACGGGUGAGAAGCCGUAUUCUUGUAAGACAUGUGGAAAAUGUUUUCGUAAAAAUUCUGAUUUUGUGCGCCAUAAGAAAAUUCACACUGGUGAGAAGCCGUAUUGUUGUAAGAUAUGUGGAAAAUGUUUCAUUCAAAAUUGUGAUAUGUUGCGUCACAUGAAAAUUCACACAGGCGAGAGGCCAUAUUCUUGUAAGACAUGUGGAAAAUGUUUCUACAAAAAUGAUGAUUUAUUGCGUCACAUGAGAACUCACACUGGUGAGAAGCCAUAUUCUUGUAAGAUAUGUGGAAACUGUUUUGGUAAACAUUUUGAGUUUUUGCGCCACAUGAAAAUUCACACUGGUGAAAAGCCCUAUUCUUGUGAGACCUGUGGAAAAUGUUUCCAUCAAAGGAGUAAUUUGUUAUGCCACAUGAGAAUUCACACGGGUGAAAAGCCAUAUUCUUGUAAGAUAUGUGGAAAAUGUUUCAGUAAAAAUUAUGAUUUGUUGCGUCACAUGAGAACUCACACAGGUGAGAAACCAUAUUCUUGUAAGAUAUGUGGAAAAUGUUUCAGUAGCUCAGAUUUUUCCCGCCACAUGAAAAUUCACACAGGUGAGAAGCCAUAUUCUUGUCAGACAUGUGGAAAAUGUUUUAGUAGUAGCUCAGAUUUUUUGCGCCACAGGAGAAUUCACACAGGUGAGAAACCAUAUUCUUGUAAGACAUGUGGAAAAUGUUUCAGUCAAAGCUCAAUUUUGUUGCGUCACAUGACAACUCACACAGGUGAGAAGCCAUAUUGUUGUAAAACUUGUGGAAAGUGUUUUCAUAAAAAAUUUAAUUUGAUGCGUCACAUGACAACACACACAGAUGAGCAGCUGUGAUCUUGUGCUAUAAAUGUUUAGCUUUUACAAAAAAAGUCUGUUGAAACUCAGCUGUUUUCAUUCGAGGUUAAAAACUUUCCUCUUUGCUGCCUUUUAUCAAAACAACAGUUAAUUUCUCACAAUAAUAGUUUUAUUUCUUGCGUUGUGUCUUUUUAUAUUUAAGGUCUUUCUGUUGUCCUUUUCAUUUAUUUCUUUUCAAAGUUAGUUUUUAAUGUACUUUUUAAUGUUCUGCACCCGGCUGUAAUGCUUUAAUGUUUUAUGUAA